GAAACACUUCAGUCUAUCGGCACCUGGUGUGAGAGGAGAGAGGUAUAAAUAGAAUGCACAGUUAGAAAGAGAGGGAAGAUAUAAUGGCAUCGACAAACCUUCAAGAACAAGCAGGGCUGUGCAUUGUCCAUUAGCGCUCUAUGUUCAUAUAUACCUCCAAUAGUAAAUCAUGGAGUCGUAACGGUAGGAAUUGCUUCUUGGAGAUGGUCCGAUAACUUACCUGUAAGGAUUUGUUAUUACGUGUGUGACUUACCAGUGUCACACCAGUGUCGUGCCCCGAUUACGUAAUGAGCGGAGGGGGCGGCCUCAGCGACUCUCCCACGGGAACAGGGGCGGGGCUCCGUCCAUACCUCAAGAGGAAAAAAUCGUCCUUUGGCGAGACCAAGAUUGCUGUUCUUGGUCAUGAAGGAACUGGAAAGAGUGCGUUGUCUGUGAGGUUUUUGACCAAGAGGUUUAUCGGAGAAUACGACCAAACAAUAGAAAGUAAAUAUAAAUAUACAACAGUGGUCGACACAGAAUCCAUCACAUUCGAAAUCCUCGACACCAUAUCAGAUAGCGAGGAUUGUGGCGCUCGUGAUGACGUAUUACGAUGGGGCGACGGAUUCAUGUUGGUGUAUUCUGUUGUCAGCCGGAAGUCGUUUGAUGUCCUACAGGAGGUCAAACGGAAGAUAGAAGAAGCCAAGAAAGGCUCCCCGGCGCCAAUUUUAAUGGUUGGCAACAAAUGUGAUCUGGCUCAUAUGCGCCAAGUUACUAAAGAUGAAGGUGAGAAACUGGCUCUGGAAUUCGGUUGUACGUUUGUGGAGGUUUCUGCCUCAGAGGAUGUCAGUCAGGUAACGGAGGCCUUUCACGCCCUCUGUCGAGAAGUUAUCGAAUUCAAGCGAAGGUCAAGAACAUUUUUAGACCGAGUCUUUGGUGCAUUUGGAAGAGAGAAAGCGUCUUCCUGACACAGAUCAAUCAUGGUUAAAAGUUAAAUGGACACAAUUAUCUAAUAUCGCUCCACUAUUCACGUUUUAAAGAUUCAUUCUGAGGAGUGACAUGUUUGUUGGACGAUAACAACGGUGGUAGAUACAGACAAUAAGGUGCACACUUCAUCACUGCGCAUGCGCACACUUCCCUGUAUCCUGAGUUAUCAGGAGCAACGUGUGCUUUACAAACACAUUCGUGAUUAGGACAGAGCAGCGUCUGGUACAGCACUAGUCGGGAAGUUACACAUUACAGAUUAAGGUUUAUCAUUAUGUUGUUUGAGAACGUAUGUUCAUAUUUAUAUAUAUUAUCAUUAAAUGUAUUUCAAAUUGUUAU